AUUAGCCGAGAUAAACACUAAAAAUAAUAAACAACAUACAAAGACAAGCAGACUGGAAGAAUCCAGUGUUUGUGUAUCUUGAACUAUAAUAUCGGCAGAAUAAUUAAGUUGUUUGAAGAAAAGUGAAAGUUAACGGUUGAAUAGAAGAGUAAAUGGCCGAUGAAGAUGAACAAAGUGACUAAUUCCAGUUGAAUAAACAGUUUAAAUACUCGGUCAUUCACAUCAUCAUUCAGUUCAAACCAUCAGAUGGUUCAGAGGUCAAAUCAAAGUUCCAGUUUUCUUCUCAUGUCUGACUGAACUUCCAGCAUCAAACAUUCAAACUCAUUAACAUAUUAAAGAGCCGUCAGGUGUUUGAUGCCAUCUGCAGACUUCUGUUUAAAACUGGACUGUAGGGGACUUCCAGAGCUCAGAGGCCUCUGGAGAAGCUCUCUGGAAACUUUUCUGGAUCUUGAGUUGUCAGCAUGGACGGAAGCAGAGUGUCAGACUUCAGCAUCCAGCGCAUCCUCUCCCCGCAGUUCGGACACAAGCCGCCUAUGAUGGAGUUUCCCCCGGAUGGAUAUCUCCACGGGAUCCCCGGCGGAUUCAGUCUGGACUCCAGGAACCUCAGACCUCCAGCGCCUCCAGUGCCGGUUCCCGACUGCCUGCAGUACCGAGGGAUGAGCUUUGGAGACGCGUUUUAUCAGUACGGAGCUGGUUUCCAUCACACUGACUGCAGCAUUUAUCCAAACUCUGGAGUUUACAUGUGCCUCAGCCCGGACUCUGCAGAUCCUCAGUCGUUGGCGGGUUGCCAUGGUUACCAUCAGACCGGGCUGACGGCGCAGUCGCAGCAGCGUCAGAAGGCCCGGAUGAGGACGGUGUUCACCGACAGUCAGACUAAACAGCUCGAGGCGCUGUUCGAGCUCACCGACUACCCAGCCGUGGAGGCGCGCGCUGAGGUGGCGAGGAGCACCGGGCUGAACGAGGAGACAGUCAGGGUGUGGUUUAAGAACCGCAGAGCCAGGAGGAAGCGGCAGCGCAGCGGGUCAAAGGUCAAAUCCCCCUCCCCUUCCCCCACUGCUGGAGCAGACAAGAAGUUCUUCACCGCCUUCCUCUGAACCUGACAGACAGUCUGCCUCCUUCUCAGAGGUCAAACACAUCCUCUCACCCCCGGAGGUCAAAGGUCAGCUGACUACAUCCUGCUCAAGGGUCAGUAAGGUGGAUGCUCAUUGGAUCAGCUGCUGACUACAGUUGAAAGCUGCUUGUCUGUAGCUGCUGCGGAUUCAACAUAAGACAAUUUUAACUAUGAUAAUACAUUCAGGCACUGCUGGGAAAGUCAGACACCUGGGACUUAAAAGCUCAAGGACGGUUAACUAUUAUUACUGUCAUUUCACUUUAAUUUCUACUGAGCAACUUGUACUUUUCAAGUUUUUAAUUAUUUUGUAUUUCUAUUUAAUUUAUUGAAAUAAAGAUGUGAUAUGAA